GUAUAUAAUUAAUUCGCGAAGUAAGAGAUGAGGAAGGAUAUUGUCAUAUUUAUAAGGUACGCAAUAUUUGAACUACGGUGAUCGCUUACAUUUCCUCUAUAUCCAAAUUGGUACUGAUGUAUAAAUUAAUUUAGGCUAUUAAUAUUUCAGUGUCAUGUUAUAUUAUAUAAUAAUGGGUUAUUUAGUGUGCAACAUGAUCUUAUCAAUGCUUUCCUGCACCUAGAAUAUGCAGCUAAGGCUGCUAAGAAUUAUUUCUUUUUCUUUUCUAUUCUUUAUUAAUUAUUUUUUUUGUUUGUGUAGCUGAAUGUCUGGUGCUGCCACUCAUCUCGCUAUUAUUUUUGUGUUACUACAUGCGGCUGCCAAGAGUUCAAACUCAAUAAACUGGACUCAUUUAUUUGAGAUUGGGGACGCAGCACGUGAACCCCGUGACACAACCACUAAUAUAGGUAAGAAUUUCAGACUGGUUAACUUUAUACCUUGGCACAUUAUGAUUAUUCCCCACUCGUACAUAGAAUCUUAAUUUCGAUGGCCCGAGACACAUUCUAUUUGUGACAACAGUCGCGUAGCGUGAUAAGUUAAAGAGAUUAAAGUAUAGGGCCAAUCAAAUGGUUUCUCUUUUAGUUAUCAAAGCUGAAGCCUUCCUGUUCUCCAACUUUAUCAUGACUAUUAGUUAUAAGUUCAAGUAUACAUUUGAAUUUCCCAACAUGUCUUAUCUUGACUUUUCUUUUCUUUUCUUUUCUUUUCUUUUCUUUUCUUUUCUU